AGGAGUAUUUGUUGCGACUUUAAGCAAUGGUUACAAGGGAAGAGAUAGAGAAGAAUGGGGCCAGCCCUGCAAGAAAUGGAGAUCUCAGUAAGAGCAUUUCAAGACCAAUCAGCAGGACCCUACUGUAAUUCAGAGCCCCCUGUCCCUAUAUGUGUGAAAAAUAUAUUGCUUUGGAAAUUCCCUCUAAAACUCAGUCCGGUUAACUUGCCAUAGUUGGUUAAAUUGAUUAAAUUUGCAAAAUGAAUAAUCACCUAUCUCUUCUAGAAUUUGUUUCAAGGAAACACCGAAAUGAAAGUAACAGGAAAAAUAUGUAAGAUACAUGGUCAUUAAAUUCUAGAAGAAGCUUGAUUUUCUUUUGUGGGGGUUUGGAAUUUUAUGGACCGUGUGAUUUCAGCAAUUCUGGUCACAUAUAGUUCACCCAGCUCUUGAAAGCUGAAAAACCAGGGUGAUCCUUUUCUUUCCUCUUUGCUUCCUUCUCUUUUUCUUCUUUCCCUCACUCUUUCCUUUCCCUCGCUAUUCCCUUUUCACCCAACUAUGUCCAGCAAUUUUGUUUCAUCCUGUGAUGGAGAUUUGCUCUCCUGUAGUCUGUGCCUUUUUUUGUCUUUUCGGUCAGGCAUAUCUCAACCAGUUCUACUCUCUUGAAGCAGAAGGCAGUCAUCUUGUUCAAAGCAAGAACAGGAGUCUUACAGAUGGCAAACUUCAGGAAAUGCAAGCAUUUUUUGGAUUGACAGUGACUGGAAAACUGGACGCAAACACUCUUGAGAUCAUGAAGGCACCCAGAUGUGGGGUGCCUGAUGUGAGUCAGUAUGGCUACACUCUCCCAGGAUGGAGAAAGCGCAACCUCACAUACAGAAUCAUGAAUUACACUCCAGAUAUGGCACGAGCUGAUGUGGAUGAGGCCAUCCAGAAAGGUCUAGAAGUGUGGAGCAAAGUCACCCCACUGGUCUUCACAAAGAUUUCCAGGGGGAUCGCAGACAUUAUGGUUGCCUUUAGGACCCGAGUCCACGGUCGGUGUCCUCGUUAUUUUGACGGCCCUUUGGGAGUCCUCGGCCAUGCCUUUCCUCCUGGUCUGGGUCUGGGUGGAGACGCUCACUUCGACGAGGAUGAAAAUUGGACCAAGGAUGGAGGAGGAUUCAACCUAUUUCUUGUGGCUGCUCAUGAAUUUGGUCAUUCACUGGGGCUCUCUCACUCCAGUGAUCAAACAGCUUUGAUGUUCCCAAAUUAUAUCUCCCUGGAUCCUAGCAAAUACCCACUUUCUCAGGAUGAUAUCAGUGGAAUCCAAUCCAUCUAUGGAAGUCUACCCGAGGUACCUGCUAAGCCAAAGGAACCCACUGUGCCCCAUGCCUGUGACCCUGAUUUAAGUUUUGAUGCUAUCACCACUUUCCGCAGAGAAGUAAUGUUCUUUAAAGGCAGGCACCUAUGGAGGAUCUAUUAUGAUAUCACUGAUGUUGAAUUUGAGUUAAUCUCUUCAUUCUGGCCAUCUCUGCCAGCUGAUAUUCAAGCUGCAUAUGAGAACCCCAAAGAUAAGAUUCUGGUUUUUAAAGAUUAUCCCAAAUCCAUCCAUACACUUGGCUUUCCAAGAUAUGUGAAGAAAAUUGAUGCAGCUGUCUGUGACCACAACACAAGAGAAACCUACUUCUUUGUGGGCAUUUGGUGCUGGAGGUAUAAUGAGGCGAGCCAAACCAUGGACAGAGGGUACCCACAGCGGGUGGUAAAACGCUUCCCAGGAAUUGGAAUCCGAGUUGAUGCUGCCUUCCAGCAUAAAGGAUUCUUCUAUUUCUUCCGUAGAUCAAAACAAUUUGAAUAUGACCCUAAGGCAAAGAAUAUUACCCGAAUGAUGAAAUCCAAUACUUGGCUCCAAUGUAAAGAACCAUUAAACUCAUCACCUGAUUUCAGUGUCAGUGAGGGACAAGUACACUCAGAAGGAGUGAAGAUGGUUUACCCCAAGACUUUAAACUUGCUUAUUUUCAGUAUAGUUCAUGUACUGAAAAAAAUCUACAUUUAUCAAUAAAUUCAUAGAACUAAAAUAAACCUCAAGAGGUCAUUUAAUCUGAACUGUGCAUCAAAGUAGAAAAGAACUAUAGCUGACUCUUGAAUGCUGCAGGGGUUAAGAGCUCCAACCCCCUGUGCAGUUGAAAAUCCACAUACAGUUUUUGACUCCCCAAAAAUUUUACCAAUAUCCUACUGUUGACUGGAGGCUUUACAAAUAACAUAAAUAGUCCAUUAACAUAUAUUUUGUAUGUUGUAUGUAUUAUAUACUCUAGUCUUUCAAUAAAGUAAGCUAGAGAAAUUGUCACAAAUCUCCAAAAAAA